GAGGCCGGAACUGGGCGUCUUGCGUGAAUUGCAGGAGUUUGACAGAAACAGACGGCGACGUCUCGGAGGCAGGGUGUAUGGCCGAGGCCGUGAAGCCCCGCCGGGCCAAGGCCAAGGCCAGCCGGACCAAAGGCAAGGAAAAGAAGAAAUAUGAAGCCCCUCAGACUUCUGAUGAAGUUUCCCUUCCAGAUUCUUCUAGAGAGCAGGAAAUCCCAUCUCUAGUUUGUGAACUCAGAGAGGAUCUGCAAGUGUCAGUUGAUUCCCAGCUCCACAAGGAUGUCAGUGGAUGGAAUGAAAGUGAGAUGUUUGAUAUACCACUCACCUCCUUGACUGUAGGUGAUGAAGGGUCCCUGAUAGGUGACACAGAGGAUCUAAAAGGAAGGGGAGAGACAAGAGCCCCUGAUGGAGAUGAUGAAGUGAAGUUGAAGGUCGACCCUGGCGACAAUGUCAGAACUAAAGUCGAACCUUCCAAGAACUUUACAGAGGUCAAGGAAAGCCUGCUAGCACCACAUGGACCUUCAGAAAGCACACUGCAGGCAGAUUUUCCCAGUUCUCAGCAGGGAGUGGGAAGUUUACAAGUCAGAGACACUGAGACUAGGAAAGAAGAUGAAGAAGCCGGUGGUGGUUCAAAGGUGCUUCAGAAUGCUACCUUGCACAGUUCUUACGAAGCCAAAGAAGUUUCUCAGCCACCUAGAGUGAAGAAAUUGUAUCCUGAAUUGCCAGCUGAGAUUGCAGAAGUACCAGCUUUGGUGGUGGUGAAACCUUUGCUCUGUAGUGAGCGGCUCUACCCAGAACUCCCUUCUCAACCAGAACUAGUACCAUUUACUAAAGAGCAGCUAAAACUCUUGGAGCCUGGCUCAUGGCUGGAAAAUGUUGAGUCGUAUGUAGAAGAAUUUGACAGCGUUGCUCAUCAGGACAGGCAUGAGUUUUAUGAGUUGCUUUUGAACUACUCACGAUGCAGGAAGCAGUUGCUGUUGGCUGAAGCCGAGCUGCUUACUCUGAUGUCUGAUUGCCAAAAUGCCAAAAGCCGACUGUGGACCUUUAAGGAUGAACAAAUAGCUGUGCAGGGUAUCUGUGCAGAUCAAGUGAAAGUUUAUGGUCAUCAUCACUACCAGAGAGUAGAGAUGAAUGAAAAUGUCCUGGGAGAACUGAAGAAGCUAUUUGAUGCCAAAUCUGAGCACCUCCACCAGACCCUGGCCCUUCAUUCUUACACUUCUGUGCUCUCGAGGUUGCAAGUGGAGUCGUACAUCUACACGUUGCUCAAUAGCUCAGCUGUUCUGAGAUCUUUAGCCAUUUAUCAGCAAGACCAAGAAAGCAUCCCCUCUGAUGUGUGUCAGCUGAAGGAGUGUAUCAGUGUCUUGUUCAUGUUCACCAGGAGAGUUAGUGAAGAUGCCCAGUUCCACGAGGACAUCCUUCUGUGGCUGCAGAAACUGGUGUCAGUGUUACAAAGAGUUGGCUGUCCUGGAGAUCACUUCUUCCUCCUCAACCACAUUCUUCGGUGUCCGGCUGGCGUCAGUAAGUGGGCUGUUCCUUUCAUACAGAUCAAAGUGUUGAAUAACCCUUCAGGGGUCUUUCAUUUCAUGCAGUCCCUUGCCCUGCUGAUGUCUCCUGUCAAAAAUCGAGCCGAGUAUAUGUGCCACAUGAAGCCUGGUGAGUGGAAACCAUCGUCUUCAGGGCCUGCAUCUGGGAACUGGACACUCGUAGAUGAAGGAGGAGAAGAGGAUGAAGACCCUGAGACCAGUUGGAUUCUCCUUAAUGAAGAUGACUUGGUUAUCCUUUUGUCCCAGUUUCCCUUUCAUGAGCUCUUUCAACAUCUUCUUGGGUUUAAAGCAAAAGGUGAUUAUUUACCUGAAACAACAAGGCCCCAAGAGAUGAUGAAAAUUUUUGCCUUUGCCAACUCAUUAGUGGAACUCCUAGCUGUGGGGUUAGAAACCUUUAACAGAGCCCGCUAUCGGCAGUUUGUGAAGCGCAUUGGCUACCUGAUCAGGAUGACACUUGGCUAUGUCAGUGACCACUGGGCUCAGUAUGUGAGCCAUACCACAGGCAUGGGAUUAGCACUACAGCCCUACUCCAUGGAGAAACUGCAGAUUGAAUUUGAUGAGUUGUUUCUAAGAGCUGUCCUACAUGUCCUGAAAGCCAAAAGACUUGGCAUUUGGCUCUUUAUGUCUGAGAUGCCCUUUGGCACGCUGUCGGUCCCGAUGCUUUGGAAGCUCUUCUACCUCAUGCACCAGGCUGAGAGUGGGAACCUGCAGCACCUCUGUACCUCCCUGCAGCCGGCCGAGUGCAAGAGGCAGCUCCAAGACCCAGAACAUUUUGCAAACUUGGAGAAGUGUCUUUCUUCCAUGAAUAGCUCUGAAGAGAUUUGCCUUCUGACGACCUUCUCUCAGAUGGCUCGGGCCAGAAGAACCAAUGUAGACGAAGACUUCAUAAAAAUGAUUGUUCUGGAGAUAUAUGAGGUAUCUUAUGUCACCCUGUCUACCAGAGAGACUUUUUCAAAGGUUGGUCGAGAGCUUUUGGGGGCCAUCACAGCUGUUCACCCUGAGAUUAUUUCUGUCCUUUUGGAUAGAGUGCAAGAAACCAUCGACCAGGUUGGAAUGGUUUCUUUAUACUUGUUUAAAGAAUUGCCAUUGUACCUCUGGCAACCUUCUGCCCCCGAGGUAGCUGUGAUUCGCGAUUGGUUACUGAAUUACAGCCUGACAGCAGUGAAGAACAAGUUGGCCUGUGUGAUCCUAGAAGGACUGAAUUGGGGGUUUGCUGAGCAGGGUAUCCUCCAUUUGGAUCAAGCACUGCACACUGAAGUAGCCUUGCUGGUUCUCGAGGCUUAUCAGAAGCACCUCUCCCAGAAGCCCUAUGCUGGGCUGCUUUCUGAAAGUAUGAAACAGGUUUCCUAUCUGGCCAGUAUUGUUCGAUAUGGAGAGACUCCUGAGACCUCAUUUAACCAAUGGGUCUGGAAUUUGAUCUUGAGGUUAAAAUUACACAAGAAUGAUUUUGGAACACAACAGAAUUGUCCAGUUGUUCCCUUCUCCAGCACGGUACCUGACAUGACAGAAUCACCCAUGUUUCAUCCUCUCUUGAAAGCUGUGAAAUCAGGCAUGCCCAUUGGCUGCUAUCUUGCCUUAGCUAUGACAGCUGUUGGCCACAGCAUCGAGAAGUUCUGUUCAGAAGGUAUCCCACUGUUGGGAAUUCUGGUCCAGUCAAGGCAUUUGAGAGCAGUGGUCCAUGUCCUAGAUAAGAUUCUACCCAUGUUCUACCCUUGCCAGUAUUACCUUCUGAAGAAUGAGCAGUUUAUGUCGAUCCUGCUCCUCUUCCUACACUUGGACAGUGGUGUUCCUCAGGGGGUCACGCAGCAGGUCACCCAGAAGGUGGCACAGCAUCUGACAGGAACCAGCCAUGGGGACAACGUGAAGCUUCUUAACAGCAUGAUCCAGGCACACAUAUGUGUGAGCACACAGCCUAAUGAAGUGGGUCCUGUGGCUGUGUUGGAGUUCUGGGUCCAGGCUCUCAUAAGCCAGCAUCUAUGGUACCGAGAACAGCCCAUUCUCUUCCUCAUGGACCAUUUAUGUAAAACAGCUUUUCACAUGAUGCAGGAAGAUUGUGUGCAGAAAUUGCUCUACCAACAGCAUAAGAAUGCUUUGGGUUACCACUGUGACCGGAGUCUGCUUUCUUCCUUGGUGAGCUGGAUUGUGGCAGGCAACAUCACACCUUCCUUUGUGGAGGGCUUGUCCAUGUCCACACAGGUUUGGUUUGCGUGGACUGUGCUGAACAUGGAAUCUAUCUUUGAAGAGGACUCUCAGCUCCGAAGAGUUGUUGAAGGGGAGUUGGUUAUAAAUGCUUUCACCCCUGACCAAGCUCUAAAGAAAGCCCAGGCCCAGCUGAAGCUGCCCAUCGUCCCAUCCCUACAGAGGAUGAUGAUCUAUCGCUGGGCCCACCAGGCUCUGGCCACACCUUCUGACCAUCCUCUUCUGCCACUCAUCUGGCAGAAGUUCUUCCUCCUGUAUCUUCAUCGCCCAGGACCACAAUAUGGGUUACCCGUAGAUGGUUGUAUUGGAAGAAGGUUUUUCCAAAGUCCCUCGCAUAUCAGUUUGUUGAAAGACAUGAAGAGACGCCUUACUGAGGUGGCUGACUUCCACUAUGCUGCAAGCAAGGCUGUCCGUGUUCCAGCAGAGGGCAGUGAAGGGACAGAAGAGCAGCAGGCUGGCACCCCUGGUUACCUGACUUCUCCAGAACUGCACCGCGAGCUAGUGAGGCUCUUCAAUGUAUAUAUAUUAUGGCUAGAAGAUGAAAAUUUUCAAAAAGGAGAUACCUAUAUUCCUUCUUUACCGAAGCAUUAUGAUACUCACAGGCUAGCAAAAGUGAUGCAGAAUCAGCAGGACCUGUGGAUGGAGUAUCUGAAUAUGGAACGCAUACAUCAUGAGUUCCAGGAGACAGUUGGUCAGUGGACACAGGCCAAACUUGAGUCGCAUUUGCUAUCCUGUAGCUCCUCAGCAGAGCUUGAUUUCACGGAUCCGUUGCUGGCGAAAGAAAGGAUUCUGAGUAACUUACGGAAGCAUGAGGCUCCCCAGCCUCCCCUUGUUCUGCACCCGGUGAGACCUCCCGUGCCUCUCAUCUCCUCGGCCGUGCUGUUGAGUCAGAAGGAUACCACCCAGCUGAUGUGUACAGACCUGAGGCUGUUGCAGCAGCACGCCAGAGCUGCAGCUCUCAGGGAGUCUCAGCAGGUUGCCCUGUAUGGUGAGCUGUUGGAAACAAUGCCCAAACAGUAUGUUAACCGAGAAGAGCAGACCACCCUGCAUUUGGAGUGCAGAGGCAGUGGUGGUAAGAAGUGCCAAGGAGCGGCAGUUGUAACAGUUCAGUUUGAAGGCAUGUACAAGAAUGACGCAGUAAGCCAGCAGAUUCACAUUCUGCAAAAAGAAGUGAGGCAGUUCCAAGCAGAAGCUGCUCAGCCCCCAGCACUUAACAUUGUGGAAGCUGCGGUGCAUGCGGAAAACCUGAUUACGGCCUUAGUAAAUGCGUAUAAGUUGCAGCCGACGCCUGGGGCGCAGAAAAUUGGCAUCAGCCUCUUCUUUACUCUUGUGGACCAUGUCAGCGAGGAGACCCAGCGCCACCCUCCUACAAGGCAGUUCUUCACUUCGUGCAUCGAGAUCUUGGGACAGGUGUUUAUCAGCGGCACUAAGUCCGAGUGCAGAAAGGUGCUGCAGACCAUCUUGAAGACCAGGCGUCUUUGCUCUCUGCUCUCUCCUUUCUUCACUCCCAAUGCUGCGCCGGCUGAGUUCAUUCAGCUCUAUGAGAAAGUGGUGAAGUUUCUAAGUGAGGACAACAGUGACAUGAUUUUCAUGCUGCUCACCAAGUUCGAUGUUAAACAAUGGCUAAGCACCACUAAACCUCCUCUGUCUGAUCGUACCAGGCUUCUGGAGUCCAUUCACUUGGCACUUACUGCCUGGGGCCUUGAACCAGAUGAAGAUAUUUUGAUGCCAUUUAAUCUUUUCUGUAAGCACUGGACUCAGCUUCUACUCUACCAGUUCCCUGACCAGUAUAGUGACGUUCUCAGGCUGCUGGUGCAAAGCUCUGCAGAGCAGCUGCUGAGUCCUGAGUGCUGGAAAGCCACUUUGAGAGCCCUGGGCUGCUGUGCCCCAAGCAGCCAGCAGGGAGCAGCUUCUGCAGACAGCACUGUGCUUCAUAGUGCCUCAGAUGCUCUCUUGUCAGACAAGCAGGUAAUGGAGACCAUCCAUUGGCUUUCUGACUUCUUUUAUAAGCUUCGACUGUCCAAGCUGGACUUUAAAAGCUUUGGCUUAUUCUCAAAAUGGAGCCCUUAUAUGGCUGAUGUGAAGACAUUUUUGGAAUACCUUGUGAAAAGGCUGAUUGAAUUAGAAAUCGCCUCCUUGACCCAAGACUCAACUGCCAGCAGCAAAGAAGUGCUCCGGUCCCUGCACUCACAGAUCGUCCAGCUUUUUAAGCCCUGGAUCUUGGUUUUAGAAGACAGUGAAAGUAGCCAACAGCGACAUUACCCCUGGCUGGAGAGUGACGCUGUGGUGGCCUCCAGCAUCGUGCAGCUCUUCACUGACUGCAUCAGCUCACUGCACAGGAGUUUUAAAGACAAGCUAUUGCCAGGUGACGAAGGAGCCCUGCGGUUGCACCUGCUGCAUUACUGUGAGGCAUGCACAGCACCCAAGAUGCCAGAGUGCAUCCUCUACGCUUUUCAUAGCGCAUACCAGAAGCUUGAGUGGAAGGACCUGCACCCUGACCAGAGGCUCAUGGAGGCCUUCUUCAAGGUGGAACGUGGAAGCCCCAAGAGCUGUUUCUUGUUUCUAGGGUCUGUGCUCUGCAGAGUCAACUGGGUUAGUGUGCUGUCUGAUGCCUGGAAUCCCAGUCCCCUUCCUGAAACCCAGAGUAUGGUUGUCUGUCUCCUUUUCAUGAUGAUUUUACUGGCCAAGGAAGCUCAGCUAGUCGAUCAAACAGAUUCGCCUUUACUAAGUCUUCUUGGACAGACAAGCUCACUCUCAUGGCAUCUUGUGGACCUUGUGUCAUACCAGAGCGUGCUGGGUUAUUUCAGCAGUCAUUACCCACCAUCUGUCGUCCUGGCCAAAGACUGUUCUGCUGAACACAUUGUGAAGCUCUUAAAAGUGUCUGCUGGAUUUUCUGUUCCUGCUGAUGGCCAGAAGCAUCGUGACAUAGUUCCAAAGUGUCAAGCUUUCACUCGUCAGAUGGUUCAGUUUCUCAGUGCCCUGGAACAAAGUGGAAAAGUCACCUUCUCAGUCCUGGAGCAGGAGAUAGCUAAGCUCUUAGAUGAUGUCAUCGCCUUUAACCCACCUGAUAUGGACAGCCAGGCCCGCCACAUGGCCCUCAGCAGCCUCUUCACAGAAGUCCUAAUGAUGAUGAACAAUGCAACUAUUCCAACGGCAGAAUUCCUUGGUGGCAGUAUUCGGACCUGGAUUGGCCAAAAGGUACAUGGAUUGGUAGUGCUGCCCCUUUUAACAGCGGCCUGCCACAGCCUGGCAUCGGUCCGCCACAUGGCAGAAACCACAGAAGCCUGCAUUGCUGCAUACUUCAAGGAAGGCUCCCUCAAUCAGAAUUUAGGGUGGGGCCCCAUUCUGGUGUCCCUUCAAGUUCCCGAGCUCACCAUCCAAGAGUUUCUGCAGGAGUGUUUAGCCCUCGGCAGUUGCUUGACUCUCUAUGUCUACCUGCUCCAGUGUUUAAACAGUGAGCAGACUCUGAGGAACGAGAUGAAGGUGCUUCUCAUCCUAAACAAGUGGCUGGAACAGGUGUACCCAAGCUCCGCACAGGAAGAAGCAAAGCUGUUUUUGUGGUGGCAUCAAGUCCUGCAGUUGUCCCUGGUCCAGAUGGAGCAGAACGACUCCAUCCUGACGGAGUCGAUCAUCCGGAUCCUACUCAUGCUGCAGAGCCGGCAGAGCCUCAUGGCCGAGGAGAGGCUCAGCUCCGGGAUUCUCGGAGCUAUUGGGUUGGGCCGGAAAUCGCCCUUGUCCAACAGGUUCCGUGUGGUUGCCCGAGGCAUGGCUGCCUUCCUGUUGGUUCAGGUGCCUGCAGAAGACCAGGUUCGUCUGAAGCCUAGCUCUGAAUUACAUCUGACUCCAAAAGCUCAGCAGGUGUUGACUGCUCUUGAAUCCAUGACCCUCAGUAAGCAGUAUGUGGAGUACCAGGACCAGAUACUGCAAGCUGUUCAGUUCAUUAGGCAUCCUGGCCAUUGCCUUCAGAAUGGGAAAGGCUUGCUAGCUCUUCUUGUCAACUGUCUCUAUCCAGAAGUGCAUUAUUUGGACAACAUACGAUAGUGAUGCUGACCUUGAAGCCCUGUUGCUCUUGUGUUUACACUAACUUUGCUGUUGCACAUGUACCUUUGUUCAGUUUUACCGCAGAGUUCACUUCUGCGAGGAACUCAGCUGAGGUACAAGUUGGGAGGCAUUAGGUAGUUCUGGCUGUGUGGUUAUCUCUUAUUGUUCAGAGACUUGUUAGCUUUUGUGUUCUUCCACAAGUGAAACUGAGUUCCUCUGAGUGCAGAAUCACUCAUAUUUGGGAAAUGAAUGUGCCAGUCAACUCCCUAAGAACUACAGAGAGAGUUGUUGCUAUGUCUGCACGCCUGUCUUCCUGCUUUGUUUAAAUGUCAAGACUCCUGUGCCAGAUCUGACCACUUUGGGAGUCAUGAAGAGCCCUCUUUCAGACUUCAUUUGUAUUUUUCACAUUCUUCCAAUGUAAAAAAAAAAUCAGCUUGGGAAGUGUGAGGAAGUACACCAGCCUAGAGGGAUUAUGUUGUUUCUCUUUGAGUGGAGAUGGUACCCUGAAUCAAGUCAGGAGCAGUGAUACACACCUGUAAUCUCAGCACUCUGGGGACUGAAGCAGAGGAUCCAAGGGUGAGGUGGUGUGGGGUACACAGCAAGUGUCUGGGCAAGCAAAGCAAAACAAAAAAAGCAAAUUAAUUAAAAUGAGUCAGACUGAAGACAUCACUUAACCCUGACCAGUGGACAGCAGAGAUGGUGGCACAUCCCUCUUCAACUGCAUGCUCUCCAGAAGUGUGCCUUUCUGGACCGACAUGGCAGCCAGUGCACCGACAACUGCCGUGCACAGGUGUGUAGUGGGCGUGCAACGGCAGGGAUGCUGCAGCCGGCAGAGCAUCGUGUUCCCUUGGGGCUCCUCAUUCACGUCAUCUUAUCGACUGUCUGUGUGGAAGUGCCCAGCCCUGAUGUGUGUCAGAGCUCUCUAGGCCCACUCUCAAGGGACACUGGGGGCCUUUGUUCGUCUUCUCUUGGUUAAGUUUAGGUGAAACUCACGGACAUGCUGGACGCAUGCCCAGGGAGAAGAGACCAGAUCAGGGCCAUUUCAGAAAUCUGGCUUUUUGCGAGUAGCUCUGCUUUCUGUCACUGCUGACCGUCCGCAUUGCCAAAGCCUGUCUGGCACAUUGCUUUCUUCUCAUGACAUCUCUUGCUCAUGUUACUUCUUGCAGGAGUUAGAAAUUUGAUUUCUAUCAUAUUCUCAAAAGCGACCCCAAACUGAUUUUUUUGUUGUUGUUGUUCAGCUUAAAAUAUAUCUUUGUUCUUACGGGUUAUGGCUCAGAAAUAUCUGUAAAAAUCUCUGGAUGGCCACCAAUCGCCUUGCGUAAGGAUGGGAAUAGACCGUUAAUGGGCUGCUUUCCCUUCAUUGGAUGCCUAUAGGACUCUUCCUGGAAGAACAGCUCUGCCUAGUUAACAUGCUUUGGAACACUGAUAAAGAGCAUCCCUGUUCAGUGGCACAAAGUGUCAUUGUACAGGGAUAUGUCUCAUCCUUUGUUUUUGCUUCUCUCUGUUUCCCAACUCAGUCAUCUUCACUCGAGUAGAAGAAAACUGCAGAAGCUGCAGACAGCUAAGCAAGCAGCAGUGAUUCUGUGGCCAGGAAAUACUGUGUUUGUGUGGUUUCUCUGAGGAGAACGAAGUUACCAGUAUCCGAGAAUGUGAAAUGUUAGAGUGUACAUUUUAGAGAAUCAAUUAAUUUUGGAAGUUUAUAAUAUUUGUAAAUUUUGUCUGUAAAAUGUAUAAACAAUAAAAUCAACUUUUGAUUAUAACUGACGAAUCAGAAUUGAAGGUUAAUAUAGAUUUCUAUGCCUGAUAUUAAAUAUGUUUGGCUUUGUAACUGGUCAGUAAAAGUGCUACGUUUUCAUUGUUGUUUAACAUCUGAGCGCUAUUUGCCUCAAAUUCUGUGAGAAGCACUAGGUUAAGUGCUUUAAAAAUAUGAAAUGAUACAGAACAAAGAAAGCUGUUUGCAGACAGGCUGGCUUGCUGCCUGAAGGAUGAACCAGGCUUUGCUAGGACAAUGGUUAACUUUCAGAGUGCAAAGCCAUGGUAGCAGAGACAGCAAUGAGCACUUGACUUCCUUCUCAACAUGCAAAACCAAGGCUUGAGCAGUGUGGAAGAUGGACCAUCACAGGCUCAGAGCCUACUGCACCAUGACAUCUAGUGCUUUCCAGGAACAGGAGGGUUUUGGUCUCAGUGGAAGUGCCUUCACUCCUCUCCUCAGAGUGCACAUGUGGGGCAGAGAUGUUGCUUUGGCCCUCCAUCUCCUUGUUCUGUAACCUCACUAGAGAAGGUUAAGGCAGAGGACAUGCCAGCAGAGAGGUCCUGUGGCUGUCAGUGCAGUGUGAUGGUGACUAUGAUACAUAUAUUUGUGUUUGUACACACUUCUAAAGCUCUUACACACUUGGCCUUGCCUCUAAACAUGGCUGGUGUCUUUCUUGCUGGAGAAGCAUCCACUUCUAUAUUGUGCCUGAGUCUUUUGAUUCUUUGGUGUCAGAAAAUGUGAAGUGUAGAUGCUCCACCAAGGCCAACCAGUCUAGGCUCUGGUGUGCCUAAGCUUUGUCUGAAUCAAGGUGCUGAUACUGGUUUCGUUUAUUUAAAAAAGUCCUUCUGAAGUGGGAAGCCAAUGUCUAGAAUCAUGAAUAGGAUGAGGGCACAUUAAAUACCUCGAUCUCCUUUGUGGGGAUCCUCAACUUCUCUACGUGGCCAGCGUCUUGGAGCCCACUGUUGGCUCAGCCUCAGUUAUGCCAGGGCUCUCCAGUUCUGCUUAUCUUGGGCCAGAACAGUUCCUGGUGACUUUGCCUAUUGGUUGUGGAUCUGCCUGGAACAACCAGGCAGGGCCUAUUCUCUUUAAGUAUACCUUGAGAGAUUUCUACUUGUCACAUCUCUGACAUCUUCUGCCCCUACCCCUUAGUCCUCUCCAAGUUACAGCUCAGAAGUCUUAGUAUUCUUCCAACAUGAUAUCCAGUGAAACUGAUUUGGGGGGCAAAGUGCCCAAAUCAGUGCACAUUGCUGUGUGUGCCAAGGAUUAGCAUCGCCUGAAUGGAGAACCUGGGAACGCAUUUCAGCCAGUGUUCUCAGGUGCAGAGACGACACACCUUUGCCUUUCUUGUCCUUGGUGCUUUUGCCGCCUUAUCCUAGUCCCUGCCCCAGAGUUGUCACUCUCCUGUAGGCCAGGCAGUGCAAAUCCCUCUAAUACACACCUGGGCAGUAUCAGCUCCCAUUGUGUUCUGUGGUUGGCAUGUUAACCUAGCACUGAGUUAAACUGCAGACCCUUUAAUAACAGUCACUGCCCGAGAUCAGUAUCAUGGUGUAUCUAUCUACUCGGUGGGCCCAAUGAUCAGGCUCUUUGAAUUCAUCCUGUACUGCAUCCUGAAUAUCAUCCCUGUUCUUUACUUUGAGCUAACUUCAACUUCACAGCUUACUUUGAGGUAAUAGCUGGUCAUAGUAUGUGAGGCACUUGACUUAGAGCCGGGCCCUGAACAGAUUCCUCUGCUCCACCAGGACAGACACUCCCAUUUUAGAGCACGCAAGGGGUCAUGUGACCACGCAUAGGUUACAUGCUCAUUUAGUGUCCUUCAGUCUUCACAGGCCCCUCAUUCCUCUUGAGAAUAACUUGAAAAAAAUUGUGCUACUCCUGUGUUAGUACUGAAAGUGGUAAGGAAUGUUGGUUCUAACUUACUUUCAGUGUAUCAUGUAAUACCACUGAGCACUGAGGAGAUUUCUUUCAGUGGUUUAAAACAAUCUAUAUUGGAGAUCAGUACUGACAGUCAUCUUGGCCAGUCUAGUGUGACCGUUAAAACCACAGUUUUAUUUUGGCCAUUAAUUGUGCAAUAUUGCUCAUUGUUGAAUGUUUUCCAUGCUUGUGUGAGGGAAACAUUUUUGUAUAAUGGUGAGAAACUGGAAGACAUGAUAAUUAGUUAAUUGAAAUUCUGCAAAUAAAGGACAUUGUGAUUUA